AUGUCCGAUAGCGAGUCUUGGUAUGAUAGUGAACCCAACGCAUUCGAUGGGGAGUCAUCGGACAAUCGGAGGGAUACAAGUAGCGAGGAACUGAGCUUCGACAGUGCUAGUAGGGAAGAUACCAAAGUCAAAGUCAUUGGCAAGAGGGUUAGGUCUAUCCCUUCAUUCGGCAAGAGGAAGGUUCUGCCAACGGGUGAGGUAGUAUCGUUGGCAGUGGUGCCGUGCGAUGUCGGAUGCUCCAGCAUGAGCCAGUAUUGCGAGUUCUUAAUGAAGGACAAGCGGGUGCCAGAUCAGCAUGCUAGCUACCAUUUGGAGACGUCCACAUCAAGCUGUGGGGAUGUUUCUGCUGAAUCAUCUUCACAACCAAUAGUUACUAUAGUUCGCCAAGGAAACCUUGGGGUACCUUUAGGCCAACCCAAGGCACUUUUGUUCAGCGUUGACUAUUUGGAGCCAAACAAGAUCACCGGGGCAGAGUUGAUCAAGUACCACGCCGAAUGCUGUAUUCCCAACUCUGUUCAGUGGAGAAUUCCAAGGCCUACCAAGUCCUUAAGUAAUCCUAAGGACGGUGAGGUCGUCUUUUUUACAGAUAUCCUUAAGCUUGGGGUUCGGCUGCAGUUGCAGCCUCCCGUUCAGAGAAUUUUAGCCCACUUAGGCUACGCCCCGGGCUAG